AUGAGUCGUGGUUUAAGUGCUGGAUAUGACCGUCACAUUACAAUUUUUUCGCCUGAAGGGCGACUUUAUCAAGUUGAAUACGCAUUUAAAGCGAUAUCCAACUCUGGAAUAACAUCGGUCGGGGUUCGCGGUAAAGACAAUGUAAUCAUCGCGACUCAGAAAAAAAUUCCGGAUAAGCUGCUUGAUCCUGCAACCGUAACACACAUAUUUCAACUGACGCCGUAUAUCGGAUGUGUAAUGACUGGAUUAAUUGCUGAUGCACGAGCUCAAGUAACACGUGCACGUUCGGAGGCUGCAGAAUUUCACUAUAAGAAUGGAUAUGAAAUGGCAACUGAUAUGCUCGCAAAACGCAUUGCCAAUAUCAACCAAGUUUACACUCAACACGCUGCUAUGAGACCUCUGGGUGUAUCAAUGAUUUUAAUUGGCUAUGACGAUGAACGAGGUCCACAACUUUUCAAAAGUGAUCCUGCUGGUUUCUAUUGCGGAUUCAAAGCCACCGCAGCUGGCGCUAAACAACAAGAAGCACUGAAUCAUUUAGAGAAAAAAUUAAAAAAAGAUCCAGCCUUGAAUACUGAUGAUUCUAUCGAACUGGCAAUUAAUACCCUUUCUACGGUCUUAUCUGCUGAUUUCAAAGCGACUGAAAUUGAAAUUGGACUCGUCACUAGUGAUAAUCCAAAGUUUAGAACUUUAUCCGAGUCGGAAAUCGAUUAUCAUCUGCAACGUAUAAACGAGAAGGAUUAA